AAAGAGUACAAUUUAUUACAGAGUCCUUCCAGGUUCAAGUUCACCAAUUUUGUUUGCGAUUCUGUUGACGAGUCCGUGCUUUUGGUGCACACGUGUCGCCUAAAGGCAGUUCGCAGGGACAAAACAACACUGAACUUCAAUGGAACUCUCCUAAAAUCAAUCAACAAAUGUAGAGUUCAUGCUCAGAUUUUCAAGAGAGCCAAUGGCUUUAAGCCUUGGCUUUACAACAUCACCAUCGAGGCCUGUCGAUUCCUGCGAAAACCCUACGAGGCGCCAGUGAUAUUAGUUUUCAAUUUAUUUAAAUCAUUUUCAGUCUUCAAUAAGACUUGUCCCUACGAGGGUUCAGUAUAUGUAAUGGGAUUUUAUCUCAUGGCCGAGCAAAUUCCAGUGCCUCUUCCCUCUGGCGAAUAUUUAAUUUUAAUUAAGUGGUAUGUUAAGGACUUAAUGAUGAUUUCGACAGGCAUCUAUUUCUCAUUCGAAGAGAAUUUGACAUGAUGAUAAAAUAAAACAGAUUUGGAAUACAAGUUCAAGGGUAAUAAACACUGAUAGUUUAAUUAUCUUAUGAUUUUAAUGUAUUUGUAAUUGGUCUUUGUCAUUACU